AUGUGGGGUCGAUGGCAGCAGGGAGGUGGGUGUCCCUGCUGGUCCCCGGCCCCGUACGCCCGCAGCACUGCCUUCUCCGGCCAGCUCGGCCUGGUGGGCAGCGGCGGGCAGCACCAGCCGGGCGACCCGGCCCUGCUCGGGGCACAGGCCGACGGCCGGCGCUCAGUGCCCGGGUCCAGCCCGCGCCUGGAGGGAUGGCUGCCGGGGGUGUGCGGCUCUGGCUCCAGGGCCUUCAUGGAGGUGACUCGAGGGUGCCCUCUCUGGGACGAGGGAUGUGGUGAGGAAAUGCUCGGGUUCCCCAGGGUCAGUGGGACCAGCGUCGGUUGCGGAAACCUGAGGAGGGGAGCUGGGCCUCUGAGACGCGGGUCCAUAGUGGAUCAGGAGCUGAGCGUUCAGGACUUGGGUUGGCUGGCAGAAAGGAAGAAGAGAUCGCAGGAGCAGAGACCGCACGUGCAGAGUGGGCCCUGUCCGAGGCAGCCAGACUCACUACGGUGGGAGAGGCCCAGCUGCCGCAAGAACGUCUCGAGAGAGGAGGGAGCCGUGUGUGCUGAGCCCUCAGCGCUAAGCCAACCUGGCCUGAGACGGGCACCUGUGUGCCCCAGGUCGUCACAGAGCUGGGACGGGCUCCUGCCUCAUAAGAGUGAAACAGCCCCCUACUCCCCACUGGAGACGCCAAGUCAGCAGACGGGAGAGUCCUGUCAACGGCAAGCUGAAGGCUGCCAGGACGGCGGCUUCUUACCCAUUCAGCGAUGUUUAUCGAAAAUCUUCACAGGCUCACUCAACGUGCUGACAGCUUUUAAUCACGUUGCUUACCUGCCCGUUUGUCAGCAGAACCCGCUGAGCGAGCCGAGCUGUGAAUUACACCUCCCCUGCAAACUGUCCCCAGACCAGCCCUUCUCGGUCUCCUGCAGGGCCAAGCAUAUGUGCGAAGUUCAAGUGAGCACUUACGAGCAGACUCUGAACGCACAAGGAUUCUGUGCAGAAAAAUCUUACAUCCUACUUCCACUUCUUGACAAAAAUCUCUUGAAAGGCAGUAAUUCAAGCCUGUCUCUUAUGAAUUUGAUAAAUCCCGUGGUCGUAGGCAAGAUGCUUUCCAGAUUAUUGAUGGUGUUUGAGAGCAGCCUGGUUGGGAAGGCGAGGAGGCAGGAGGGCGUGUGGAGCUUCUUCCAACACCAAACACAACCCAGCCAGAUGGGUUGCCAGACGCGGGAGGCGUCCUCUCUGUGUAUUGAAUACUAA